AUGUCCUCACCGCCUCGACCACAGACACCGACACGGUCAUGUCCCCCCAUCGCCACUGUCCCCCGAUCCCCCACGAGCCCCACAAACAUCUUGUCACCCGUUCCGAUGUCUCCCACAAGUCCUAUGGUGGCCGCACGGGUGCUAGCCCGAGUACCCUCGGACGACGGAAGUGACAUUAGCAGCGACGACAGUGAGAGUAUCGCAAUGUACGGUUCGCGGCGCUUCAAGCAGCUCCUUCCCCCGACGCUUGUGACGCUGUACGACAACAACUGCGGCCUUUUCCUCGUCGCCAUGGCCCAGCUCUUCUUUGCGUGCAUGAGUCUGAGCGUCAAGUUUCUCAUGACAACCACCGCAAUGUCUACCCUCACCCUCAUCUUUGUGCGAAUGCUCAUUACCGGCGGAUGCUGCUUCGCCACCCUCCUCAUCCAGCGUGACCCCUACCCUUUCCUCGGCCCGCCCGGUGUUCGUCGACUGCUGUGUUUCCGUGGAUUUUGCGGGUUUUCGGGACUGCUUUGCGCAUACCAGGCUCUGCGAGGUCUGAGCGUCAGCGAUGCGGUGACCAUCGGCUUCUUGACACCCAGCGUGACUGCGCUUGUCGCCUACCUCCUCAUGGGCGAGUCGUUCUCGUUCAAGGAGGCCAUCUCGGGCUGCAUCUCGCUCGUCGGUGUCGUGCUCAUCUCCCGUCCGCCCUUCAUCUUCGGUCACGGGUGGGGGUCGACGCCGCCUGUGGAGCCCGAGACGGCUCCUUCGGGCGAGCCCGACGAUGCCGAACGCAUGGCCGGCGUCACUUGGGCCCUCAUGGGCGUCUGUUUCAGCGCCGGCGCCUACCUCUCAAUCCGACACAUUGGCAAGCGUGCCAGCGCCCUCCACUCGAUCGGAUACUUUUCCAUGGCAUGCACCAUCGCCUCGGGUGUGGGCAUGUUGAUCUGGCAUGCCGACCUCGAGUGGCCGCACGACAAGCGCGGCUUCGCCCUCAUCGGCCUGAUUGGAGUCUUUGGAUUCUGUGCCCAGGCCUGCCUUACCUUUGGUCUGCAACGCGAAAAGGCCGGCCGCGCUGGCCUCGCCAUGUACCUCCAGAUCUUCUUUGCCGUCACGUUGGAGCUCGUCGUCUUCCACAUUGUGCCCUCGUUCCUCUCGUUUGUCGGCACGGUCAUCAUCCUCAGCUCGGCGGCGUGGGUGGCAGUGUCGACGUUGAAGGCCAACCCUCCCCGGACUGUGGACGAUCCCGAGAGUCAGCCAAUCUCUCGCACACCUUCUCCCCUGCCAGGGGGCAAGAAGACGGUUCGCGGGGAGUUGUAUUCGUACUCUGCGCUGGCAACGUCCGACGAGGCUGCGUCGAGCUCGAGCAGUCUUACGUUGCCAGUGGCUGGUGGCGCCAAGGAGUGA